GGGGAUCGCCUUCUGACCCCGUCCUCUCCCCACGCUCAAUGGUUUGGUUUCCAAUCCACUUUCCACAGGGAUCGUUGAGUGGAGGGAGCCAGGGGAGCAGAGGUGCACCCGUCUGGCCAGCUUGCUGCUUGCACUACAGAACUUGUCCUAGAGGCUAUAAAUAGAAUGUUCUAGAAGAGGUGAACUGCACAGCCCUCAAGAAUCAUGGUGGGAUACUUGCCUCAGGACUUCUACUUUCGUGAGGCCAAGCGGUUGGGAUAUGUAGCGCGCUCUGCAUUCAAAUUGCUGGAGAUUCAACAGAAACACAAGGUAGUGCCACGUGGCGGUGCUGUAUUGGACCUGGGUUGUUGCCCCGGUGCUUGGCUACAGGUGUCGUGCCAAGCGUUGAGUUCAGCCAAGUACGGCGGGCGAGUUCUCGGGGUUGACUUGCAAGCCGUGGCCAAACGAUUGCCAUUCUGUGACGACCGUGUGCAGACGAUCCGCGCAGAUGCGUUUGACAUCACAGCAGCACACCUCCUGCGCAUCUCGCCGAACGGAUUCAACGCUGUGCUUUCGGAUAUGUGCCCCUCCACAUCAGGAGCUUCUUCUGCAGACGUGGCAAGGUCUCUAAGGCUUGCUGCGAUUGCCUUUCAGCUUGCAGUAGGAUCGCAGAAGGGCUUACCCAUUGACGGCGACAAAGUUGGAGCGCGACCUGGAGGAGGAGGCAAUGCUGCAGACACAACCAGUGUUGGAUUAAAUGACAGGGAUGUAUUUAGUAACAAGGCUAUUAGAUUUAAUAACAGGGGUGGAUUUGACAAGAGGGGUGGGUUUGAUGACAGGGCUGGAUUUGAUUACAGGGGUGGAUCUGAUAAGAGGGCUGGGUGUGAUGACAGGGGAAGCUCGGCGGAUACAGCAAAGGGCUCCUGCAGGGAAUUUGACUCUGAGGUGCUGGAGGGAGAAUUUCAUGAUGAUGAAUGCAGUAGUGAUAGGGGGGUGCUGGUACGAAAAGGGCACAUGGUCAUAAAGCUUCUUGAAGGAUCUGGCACGCGAGAGUUUGGAAGACUGUGUCGAGGGGUUUUCGAUUCGAUCACAUGGGUGGGACCGGCAGCUACACGCUCAGCCUCCAGGGAGGUUUACUUAGUAGCCAAAGGGCGGAAGUGGUUGAGAUUGGUAGCCAUGAGUCUGAGUGUCGGGCUGUCUGGUUUCGACAAGCAGCAGUACGUACCGGCGCUGAAGAGCCUUUUGGAAGAUCCACUAUUACAAGAUGUGUCCAAGAAGCCGUCUCUGAAGGAAGUGGAAACUUUGAUCGCUAUGGAGCUCGGAAAUGCGAUGCGGCUCACGAUAAAUCGACUGGAUGGAACAUCGUUUGAAGUGAUGGUCUUGGAUAAUGCGACUGUUGGGGAUCUGAAGAUGGCCAUCGAGAAAGCAUUCAGGGACAACAAGACGCUGAGUAGUCGGCAAUGCCGGAUUUCAUGGCGAUAUCUGUGGGGUCAUUUCUGCCUUUCAGCAGACGGGCAGCGAUUGCUAGAUGACAAGGCACCGCUCCAUAGAUUUGGAAUAACAAAUAUGGCAGUCCUUCAGUUUGCGCACCAUAUCUCCGGCAAGGGGGGAGGGAAACACUCGCGACCAAGGAAGAGGCGGUUCUUUCGUGUUGGGAUUGGAGAAAAAUAAAAACUCACAAGUUCCUGCCCUUCUCAGUGAAUUGAUGUUUAUCGGCCUAUCUUACUUGAGGUCAUCUGUGGCGGUCUCGCACUGUGCGCCAAGCCACCAUAGGCGAGUGGUUUCCGCCAUCACAUCACCCCUUCCAGUGGAGGGAGUGCAGCUUGGGGUGUGGGCGUGGGGGGCAACUCGCCUGGGUUCUUCGUUGCUGCCCAUCGAUCUUCGUAAUCUAUGGUCAGAAAUCAAGAACCGAAAUGACUGGCACCUCAACCUGGGGACAGUUCUCGUCUUUUGCUACGCAGGAUGCUGAUAGUAAUGUGCAAAAGAGAGAAGAUUGGGUGGAAGAGGAAAUUUUGCAAUGUGGAUUGUGGGAGACUCAAAGUUCGAUUGCGAUAGAUGCUAAUAUCUUGGUGCCUGUAGAGAAGAAUUUAAAGUGUUUGCCCCCUGUAGAAGAGAUUGUGGGAUUAUCAUUGAGAUAUAGAUUUUUCCUUGGGUAGCAUGACUUGACGGAAGCUUGUUUUUUCUCGUUCUUGUCACCCCCCCAACCUUCCAAAUGCUUUAGUUUCUGCCCCCUGCAGAAGAGAUUGUGGGAUUAUCACUGAGA